GUGUGGCCGGCCGCGACUCCUUCCCCGGAAAUGGAGCUGCAGACGAGUCUCCGCGGGUCUCGGGAAGGCAAAGGCACAAGGGCUCGGCUCCCCCAGGCGUCAGGACCCGUUUUAGUCUCCGGGCAGAUGGGCGCAACAUCCAACCUGGGAGGGGGCCCCACGCCCGCCGCGCUCCCGCCCGCGUCCUCGUCGGACUUCAGGAUGGGGGGGUCUCCGCACACAAUGCGGACCCCGGGCGCGGGAGAAUGGAACCAGAACGAUGCCGGCGAGCAGAGCAAAAGCGGAUCGGCAUUACACCGAGUUCAGGUCGUGGCAGCGGAAACCAGGAGAGACAGGGCGCUACUCACUAGCUCUGAAGAUCUAGGGUAUGUCACCACUGGAAGUUCAGCAAAUGACAUGGCAGCUCAAGAGGGUGAAGCAGGGAUGCCUCAGACGCCCAGUGCCUGGACCACAUCCAUACAAGGAGUGGAGGAAAGUAGCAGGACCUACUCCACAGCAGGCCACAGGCAGCGGGUGGCCAGCACACUCCCACUUGGUCAAGGAAAGGUCGGUAUUAUUGUUCUGACUUUACAGAUGUGGAAGCUGAGGCCCAGGGAGGUUAAGUAUCUUGCCCAACUGCAGAGCAGGGGGCAGGAGCCCGGAUCCAGACCCACUCUACCAUCACCAUUCUUUCCAUGCCCGCCCCUGACCUUCUGAGCGCCUGAAAACGUUCUUUCAGUCUUUGAGCUGCACACAUCAACUGCUGUCAUCAACUGCUGCUUAAACCAUAACCUUGGAAGUGAGGGUGAGGUUUGCUGAGUUUCCACCAAGGUUCCCUGCCAGGCAACUAUGCUACAAAACAGCUUUUCCUCCCCAGUAUGUUAGUAGGAGGCAAGCAGAUUGCUACAGCCUUCUGUCUUCUUCCAGACAAGAGUGGUGGGCUGGCCCUGACUCAGGAGACAAAGGGAUCUGGCAGCACCAAAGCCAGAGGAGAAGGCUGACUCCAGGGGGCUGGUCUCUGCAGAUAGCCCUGAGCUGCCGCUGGGGUCAUAGGUAGGAAGGACACCCUUUUCCCCUUAAAAGAUACAAGCUCCUCCACCUGGCCCUUCAUGACCUGGCCCUGGCCCACCUUUCCAAGCUCAACACCUACUUCCUGGACAUCCU